AUGAGUUCAGACAUCACCUUGGCCACUGAGGAUGAAACAGCCUUCGAAUCGACGAGAACAACUCCGGCACCAACAGGCGACCUCAUCCUCGUCGUCGGCCCAUCUAGAUAUGAAAUUCGCGUCUACGCUCUCAUUCUCUCCAAUGCCUCUCCUAUAUUUGCCUCAAAGAUACCGAAAGCAAGCUACAGCGAGGAUGCCGUGGUGUCAGAUCCCCCUCGCUUUUCCCUCCCAGACGACGAUCCCAAGGCCAUGGAAAUCAUAUGCCACACAAUUCAUGGCAACAGCCUGAAUGCAGAGAUGGGAAGAAUCCCACCGAAGUUGAUCCUGAAUGUUGCCGUUAUCGCGGCAAAAUACGACUGUACACUCGCCCUUACGGCGGCAGCCGAGUACUGGCUCUCGCCUGAGAUCAUGGACACCAUCGCGCAGUCUGGAGUUGUACACCCAGAGAAGAAGGAUCUCCUUCUGGCGGCGUACUGGUUCAGGCACGGAAGAGCAUUCGAGACGGGGUCACUGCGAUUGAUCACCGAAAUAUCGUGGAGUUUCAGCUCCCUGGCGGAUGGAAAAUCGGGAGAGUAUGAACUCGUCGCACUGAGGAUUGCUAGUGAGCUCUUCUUCACCCCUAUCCUCACCUCAGAUCUCGUACAUGGCAUUCAGGAGAAAUCGUUUAACAUGGAAAGCAAAUAG